AUGAGUCAGGGAACCAGAAGUCAGUCGAAGCGCCCAGCGCAGGGCAGCCCAGGGCAGUCAGAUGAGGAGAUGGAGCCGCCCCUCCACGAUCUCCUUCUUGCAAAGGUCGAGUCUAUGAUCCACGGCCUGGAAAGCAAGCUUGACAGUAAGCUGGACGAGAAAUUUGGGGCCCUCUUCCCUCAGCUGAAGGCAGAGCUCAAGGCAGAGCUGAAAACCGAGCUGAAGGAUGAGGUGGUGGCUGAGCUGAAGGCAGAGCUGCUGCCUCUCCUGCGCGCUGAGCUGGCCAAGGACACGCAGACCAGAGCCGCCUCCAACGAUGAAGCAGUGGUGAACAAAGUGCACCAUCUGGAGUCUGUGGUGGAGUCUCAGGCCCGCCAAGCCAGGAGUGCCAACCUGAUCUGCCAUGGUCUGGCAGAGGACAACACAGAGAAUGUCUCAGCCCGCGUGGCAGCGCUGUUUGACAGCAACAGCGGCCCCCCUGCUGUUGUCAGCGAAGCUCGCCGCCUCGGUGCCCCCAGCGCCACGCGCACCAAGCCGCGCCCCGUGCUCAUCAGCUUCAGCGGCGUGGCAGCCAAGCACGCUGCCCUCAAGCACAGCAAAGCCCUGCGCCAGCGCCAGAUUUUCCUGGAUCCCGACCUCACCCCGCAGCAGCAGCGCAUCCGCGUCAGCAUGCGCCCACACUAUGUCGCCCUGAAGACAGCCGGCAAGCAGCCCUUCUGGCGCGAGGAGCGCCUCUUCGUCCGGGAGGGCGACCGCGUGCGUGAGCACAUGCCUGUGCCUGGGCCUCCCCCGGCUGCCGCGCCGGGCGCCGCUGCCGCCCCGGGUGCUGCCACUGCCGGGCCCUCUCAGGCCGCGCCUUCCUCCCCCGGCCGCGCCGACUCCUACGCCGAAGCAGUGCGCCGCUAG